AUGGUGGCAACAAUCUUGCUUUUUCUUCUUCUCUCAGCAAUUUUCACUGCAGAAGCUCAACAAGGAGAAUCCAAUGUAAGCCUAGGCUCUUCUUUAACGCCUACUACCAAGUUUUCAUGGCUGUCACGUUCUGGUCUAUAUGCCUUUGGCUUCUACCAACAAUCCAAUGGCUACGCCAUAGGAGUUUUUCUUACCGGGAUUCCUGAAAAGACAGUAAUCUGGACGGCCAACCGAGACAAUCCUCCAACUCUCGCUGAUGUUACAUUGAAUUUCACUGGUGAUGGUAGACUUAUCCUGCAAUCUGCACAAGGCAAUGAGUCAACCAUUGUCGAUCCUCCUGAACGUGCAAAAUCGGCAUCAAUGCUUAAUUCGGGAAACUUUGUUCUAUAUAAUUCUAAUAAGGAUAUUAUAUGGCAAAGUUUCAACUACCCAACCAAUACCAUUUUGCAGGGUCAGUGUCUCUUAGCUGAUAAAAGGUUGGUUUCAAGUGUUUCAGAAUCUGACCAAUCGACAGGAAUAUUCCAAUUGGUAAUGCAAACAGAUGGAAACCUGGUGCAAUACCCAUACAUACCUGAAUUAAAAGUUGAACAUUCUUAUUGGGCUUCUAAUACAGAUGGACAAGGCAAUAACGUGUCGCUUUGUCUUGAUGAUGAUGGCCUUCUCUACCUGCUCAAUUCCACUGGCAAAUACCUAUCAAAUCUGACUCAAGGUGGAUAUCCAACAAACGGUAUAGUUCGUCUUAUGAGAAUUGAUGCUGAUGGGAUCUUCAGGCUAUACUCACACAAUUUGGAAAAGAAUGGGAAUUGGCUUGUCAAUUGGUCAUCUUCUGAUAAUAAGUGUGACCCUAAGGGCCUGUGUGGCCUCAAUGGGUUCUGUACUACUGUUGAUCGAGAAGCCGACUGCGAAUGUCUUCCUGGAUUUGUAAGAGUUCACCAGGGCAAUUGGAGUUCAGGCUGUGAAAGGAAUUUCACUGCAGAAAGUUGCCAAAUCAAAAACGGAAUUAUGAAAUAUAUCAUGUCAGAAGCAUCUAAUACAGUCUGGGAAGAUAGCGCUUUUUCGAUUAUGCAGCAGAUAUUGACGAAAGAUGAUUGUGAAGCAUCAUGUUUGGAGGACUGUAACUGUGAAGCAGCUUUGUACAAAGAUGGGGCAUGCCGAAAGCAAAGGCUUCCAUUGAGAUUUGGAAGAAGAGUACUGGCUGAUUCAAACGUAGCAUUAAUCAAGGUUGGUAUAUCUACACCCAUCAUAUAUAACAUUGCUCCCAUGGUACAUGAAAAAAAGCCUCAAAAGGGCAUAUUGAUUAUGAGCAUCUCACUUACAGCUUUUGGACUCAUUAUGUUAGUGAUUUCUGGGAUAGCAAUAUAUAGAAAUCGUGUUUGGACUUAUAAAAGACUCUCUAAUAAUAGUGGAAAUGUUGGUUUGAGCGUGGAUGUUUCUCCAAGAUCAUUUACUUAUAAUGAUCUUGAAAAAAUGACUACUGGUUUCAAGGAAGAGCUGGGUAAAGGAUCAUUUGGGACUGUCUACAAGGGAAUAAUAUCAAAUGUUCAACAGGUUGUAGCUGUCAAAAGACUAUAAAAAUUGUUGACUGAAGGGGAGAGAGAGUUUCAAACUGAGGUUAAAGUAAUUGGAAGAACACACCACAAGAACCUUGUCCGUUUGCUCGGGUAUUGCCAUGAUGGAGAUAAUAGGCUUUUGGUGUAUGAGUACAUGAGCAAUGGCUCCCUUGCAGACAUACUCUUCAAACCUGAAAAACAACUUUGUUGGAAUGAAAGGAUAGAAAUAGCUUGCAAAAUAGCAAAAGGAAUUCUUUAUCUCCAUGAAGAGUGUGAGUCACAAAUCAUUCACUGUGACAUAAAACCCCAAAAUAUACUCAUGGAUGAAUAUAGGUGCCCGAAAAUCUCUGACUUUGGAUUGGUGAAGCUACUAAAACCAGACCAAACCAAUACCAAAACAGCCAUUCGAGGAACAAAGGGGUAUUUUGCACCAGAGUGGCUUCGGAACCAACGAGUGACAACUAAAGUAGAUGUAUACAGUUUCGGAAUUGUGCUAUUGGAGCUUAUAUGUCAUAGAAAGAGUGUUGAUUGGGAUCUUCCUGAAGAAGAGGCUAUUCUUGAGGAAUGGGCAUACUAUUGCUUUGAGGCUCGUGAGUUAAGCAAACUUGUGAGUGGUAAUGAGGUUGACCAAAGACAAUUGGAGAGAAUGGUUAUGGUGGGACUCUGGUGCAUUCUUGAUGAACCAUCUCUUCGCCCUUCGAUGAAGAAGGUUCUACUAAUGUUGGAAGGAACUGUAGAUAUUCCAAUCCCUCCAAGUCCGACUUCUUUUCUUAGUACUAUAUAAAAUGUAUUUGUGUUUUUAUGUUUUUCAUAGGAAAAGUUAUUGAAGGGGAUUUGAGCUGGAUAUGUCCCUCCAUUAAGACAAGGAAGUGUUAGUAUUCAGCUAGUUUUAAGGCUACUGGCAAAAUGUGUUUGUACUAGUAUUCCUUUCUAAACCCAAAUAUGGGACUAUUUGGAAGAAUAAUUUGCAAAAUAUUGUUAAAUUUCUUUUA